UUGCGACUGAACAACCCGGUCAUUUGCCGACACGGUGUCGUACCACGCUAUUCAUGCAAACCGAAAUUAAUCCUCACAAAGUGGAUAUCUUGUAGUUGUGUUACCGGACGUUUUCCAACACAGCUUGGUUGCUGUAUUAACUUAUUUACAAACUCAAAAUGGAGAAUGAAAGCAAAUAUCUCCCACAGCUCUUGGCAGAGAGAGACAGUCUGGAUGCAUCGUUCACACAUGCAAUGAAACUUCUAAAUGCAGAAAUUGAGAGGAUUCAGAAAGGAGAACCAGAGAAAGAAGCAGACGCCUACCUGGACCUAUUUACAACGAAAAACAUCAAACUGAAGGAGAGGGUUUUGAUCCCAGUCAAACAAUAUCCAAAGUUUAACUUUGUUGGAAAGAUCCUGGGGCCUCAAGGGAACACAAUCAAGCGUCUGCAGGAAGAGACGGGAGCCAAGAUCUCGGUCCUCGGCAAGGGAUCCAUGCGAGACAAGACAAAGGAGGAGGGGUUGAGGAAAAGUGGAGAGCCCAAAUACGCCCAUUUAUCCAUGGAACUACACGUCUUCAUCGAGGUGUUUGCCCCGGUACCAGAGGCAUACCUGCGCAUGGCUCACGCCAUGGAAGAAGUCAAGAAGUUUCUCUUUCCAGUUGAUAUGAUGGACGAUAUUUGUCAGGAGCAGUUUAUGGAGAUGAAGUAUUUGAACGGCGGUCAGGAUCACGGGGCCAGAGGCAGAGGGGGCCCACCCGUCAGAGGCCGCGGGGCACCGCCGCCCCCCUCCGUGGCACCCAGGGGUCGAGGCAUGCCGCUUCGAGGAGGCGCUCUUCGUGGUGGCCCGCCCAGAGGAGGAGCAGUUAGGGGAGCCCUGGCAGGAAGGGGCGGACCCCCAGCCCAGCCAACCAGGGGGGCGGCGGCCACGCGCGCCCGUCCUCCCGCCCCCGGCCCGCAGAGGAUGCCCCCGCCUCCCCCGCACCCUCCAGCCCAAGAGACCUACGAUGAAUACGCCUAUGACGACACCUACACAGAAUCAGGUUACGAGUCAUAUGACAACUACUACAGUCAAUCACAGGCAGAACCAGAGUACUACGACUACGGGCAUGGAGAGACCCAGGAGACAUAUGAAGGCUAUGGUCAGGAUGACUGGAACGGGACGCAGCGUCCAGCGGGCGGUGGGAAAGCCCCCCCUGUGAGACCGGCCAAGCCGGGGUACCGGGAACACCCCUACGGACGAUACUAAACCUGACAAGCGGAACGUCACUCUUAACGUGUCACCAUGACAACUGUCUACCACGGCAGCUCACGCUUUAAGCAACCCGACAAAAGUAAUUGUCCAUUUUUUUCGGUUUUUCAUUUUUCUACUCUGGACGUUUUUUUAAAGGAAAAAAACCAACCAAAUGGCAUCUGAAUGCUUCGAGAAAAGACUUAGAAAGUUUUAAAUGGGUUAGAUGUAUAAAAAAAAAAAACGGAGCUAUUUUUUUGGUUUGA